AUCCCUGAGGGGUGCGUUCCUCGCCGCCGCCGCUGUAGCCAAUUAGCUGUUGCUGAUGUCGUCUGCACUUCCUCAUUGAGCGCACUCCUCUCGACGGCUCCCCUCUGCGGGACCAUUAGUGCCCCCUCGGAGAAACCGCCCUUAAGUCUUUGGCUUUCGAGGAGGCGCGGGCUACCCCUGGCCCUGAAAGAGCGGCAGCAGAAGAGGGGGGGAGAAAAAAAAAAGCCAGGGAGAAAGUUUGGAGCGCGCUGAGCGGUUUUGCCUCUCUCUCGAUCCUUCGGCGUGCGCACCCGGGGAAGGGAGAUGUCCAAGCCGCCGCCGAAACCAGUCAAACCAGGCCAGGUCAAGGUCUUCAGAGCUCUGUAUACAUUUGAACCUAGAACUCCUGAUGAACUGUAUUUUGAAGAAGGGGAUAUUAUCUACAUUACCGACAUGAGUGACACCAAUUGGUGGAAAGGAACCUGUAAGGGCAGGACUGGCCUUAUACCAAGCAACUAUGUGGCCGAGCAAGCUGAAUCCAUUGAUAAUCCACUGCAUGAAGCUGCCAAAAGAGGCAACUUGAGCUGGUUGAGAGAAUGUUUGGACAACAGAGUUGGUGUUAAUGGCUUAGACAAAGCUGGAAGCACCGCCUUGUACUGGGCUUGCCAUGGUGGCCACAAAGAUGUAGUGGAAGUGUUGUUUACCCAACCAAAUAUUGAACUAAACCAACAGAACAAAUUGGGUGAUACAGCUUUACAUGCUGCUGCUUGGAAGGGUUAUGCAGAUAUUGUAGAGCUGCUUCUGGCAAAAGGGGCUAGAACGGAUUUAAAAAACAAUGAGAAGAAGUUAGCCCUGGAUAUGGCUACCAAUGCUUCUUGUGCUUCUUUGCUUAAAAAGAAACAAGGGACAGAUAUUGUGCGAACAUUAAGUAAUGCAGAAGAAUAUCUUGAUGAUGAAGAUUCUGAUUAAUUCUCUCCAUAAGUUUAUGAGAACUAAAAUCCCUGUUUCCUAUGCCAUUCCAAGUCUUCACCAGGGAGCGUUGGUAACUGAAAAAAGUAUAUAUAAGCAUAACAGUAUUGCAAUAUGUCAGGAGUUAAUUGUAUGAACUUAAUAGUCUUCACUUUCAAUUUGCCAAUAAAAAUUACUUUCCUAUGUAAAAUUGCAUUUAUGUUCACUAAACUAGCCUAAAAAGAUUUUUUUUUCUAUUUGUCCUGCCUAAAGGUUAUAUGUUUUGCUUUUUUAAAACAGGGAUUUUUUUUAAAAGUCUCCAGAGUUGAAUGGAUUUUGUAGGGUACAUGCUUUUUCUUUUAUAAAACAAUAAUGAUCUUUAGAAAACCGCCAGUGAUUUUUGACAAUGAAAAUUAAAAUAAACAUUUUAAGACAUGUUA